ACUGCAUAUUUUCCAACUGUCUAUCGAAUUUUGUUAUCGACCAUCUCAAUUGCAAAUUUUAGAAGCGUAAAAUGACAACAGAAAAAGGCGAGCAGUUGAGACAACAACUUAUAGCGGCGGUGGUGAAGAAACGAGCGGCGAUUGCGCGAGCCCAUGAAAUCGUGGUGCGUCUUUUGGAGCCCGGAAUACCGGAGCCUGAGUUCCUGUCCCUGCUCUGUGAGAUUGGCCCCCCAAAUUAUUCAGACAUAGUGGACGAGCGGGAAAUAAACAAACUUUGUGGAUAUCCACUGUGUUCGACAGUUCUAGAAAACGUUCCCAAGCAAAAGUAUAGUAUCUCCGCUGCCAAAAACAAAGUCUACGACAUAACAGAACGUAAGAAAUUCUGUUCCGGAUACUGUUUUAAGGCCUCCGAAUAUAUAAAGUCACAGGUGCCCACAUCGCCAUUGUGGCUGCGAGAUAGGGAGACGAGGCCCAGCUUUCAGCUGCUACCACGAAAUACUUGACCAUCGAUAUACAUAGCUCUCAAAGCGUUUAUAUUUAUUUCGUAUAAGCAUUAAGACCAUUUGUUCAUUA